UCCACUAGUCAUGCACAAAAUGUAUUUUAAUGUCUAUAUCAAAAGAAGAAAGUAUUUUUAAUCUUGAAGUCUUUUAAUACAAGCACUCAAAGAACAUUAUUUAUUAAGCUUAGGUUAAUCAAAACAAAUUUCUCAAUCAAAUUCUUGAUAGAAGAGAUUGAUUGAGAGAAAAAAAAAAAUCAAAAUGUGCCCUUUGAGGCUAAUUCUCAUAUUCUUGUCCGCAACACUCGCCGGAAUCUUCGUUCUCCGAAAUUUCAGAAAUCAACCUAAGAUCGAUGAUGAAGAUGAAGAUCUUGCUCCUACAAACCCUAAAAUUUCAGAUUCUUCAAAUGCUUCAUCAAAUGAAAAUUCUAAGGUUCGUGCUGUGAUAGAAUCUGGGUUUUGGACUUUUGUGGAUAUGGCUAGUGGACGUUAUCUUUGGAGGCAUAUGGUAUCAUCAUCUUCAAAGAAAUCUAGCUGAUGAUGUGUACUCGGUGAAUGCAUGUUGGGUGAUUGAUCAAUAUCAUUUUCCUAUGAUAUUGUGAUUUUUGGGUCAAUUUGCAUAUUUGUUGUAAUCUGUAUCAUAGCUGUUGUUCAUAGUAUUGUUGUUUUUGUUGUUGAUUUUGAAUUUGCAAUACAAAUAAUGAUGAUAAAUUAUGAUCUUGAUAUAUGUCAAAGUCAAACUUCUGGAGUGUGUUCUUUAACUGUUUUUGUUAUGGAUUUGAUUUGCUUCUUGUUUUCAUGUGAAGUUAUGAAUUUCAAUUUGGGGUUUUCUUGUGAA